AUGUCGUUGGAUGUGUUGGGCGACGUACUAAAGCUUUUACCAGUCAAGUCCCUCCUUCGCUUUAGGUGCUUAUCGAAAGAGUUUUGCUCUUUAAUUGACAGCCCAGAUUUCAUAACUCUCAAUCUCUCUCAAUCUAUCCUCACAAACACUAACCGUAGCCUCAUAUUUUUCCAAAGAGAUUUUCAAACUGUGAUGGAUUUAGAUUCUCUAGAAUACAAGCUAGAUUAUGAUUUUCAUGAUAACUUGAAAAUUUGUAUUAUAUUUGGAUCCUGUAAUGGCUUACUCGCAUUGUACGAUCCUCGACAAGGCAUGAUACUGUUUAAUCCAUCGACCAAAAAGAAACAAACGCUCCCUGAUCUUUGGGGAUCAAGUGGUACUAUUUGUGGCUCUUAUAGUCUACUUGUUGGAUUCGGCUAUGAUCGUGUCAGCAACGAUUACAAGGUGGUCAUAAUCUGGAAAUCUAGAGCUAUGGUUUAUAGCACAAAACGUAAAUCUUGUAAAAGGAUCGAGGACUUACCUUAUAAUUCGAGUAACCCUUAUGAAUUGGGUAUUAUUACGACUAAUAGAAAGUGCGGCGUUCUUGUAGGAUCUUGUUUGCACUGGAUUGUUUCUGAACCAGAUAAUUUUGAUGCUCGGCUGAUCGUUGGUUUCAAUCUGGAAGACGAAAGACCCUUUACGGUGCCAAUUCCUGAUAUAAAGACAGCGUCCCCGCCCGGUAUGCCUGUGGAAUUAGGGGAAGUAGGAGGAUGCCUUAGUGUGAGCAUGUUGGCUGACGAUGCUUCUUCUCUUCAUCCUCUCAAACAUGAUGAUUGCCUAAUUCUCAGAGGAUCUCUUUGCUCUCCAAUGGCGAAUCUGAUUGACAUAUAUUACUUCUCUCGAUUUCAUUAG